UCAAGGCAGGGUUUGUUCGGGACGGCGAAACGGUGCCGUUAUGUCGACGAUCUGUGGGUUGUAACAGUUUGUACAGCUUGUUAAACCGGAUUUAACCCCAAGCGGAUGACUUUUUGUGCUCAAAUGUGCUUGUAAAGGAUCUUACAGAGUUGCACCUUUUUGGUUCUACACUACAACUCUGAAGUUUCACGAAGUAGAAGCGUUUUAGUUGGAAGAAGAAGACUCGGUGGACUCGCCUGUGGAUCCCUGCAGACCUCGUCUGCAUUCUGAAGAUCACAGCUGCAGGCCAUUUACUGAUGGGUACAUACUGUGAGGCAGCACACCAAGAGAAGUGCAAAUCAUUCAGAAGAAACAGGAACUGUGAAAGAAUGAAGACAAGCUAGAUGAUUCCAGAGAACUGAAGAGCACUAUAUUUUGGUUGGACAUCUGCACGUUUAAGUAAUUUUAACUUGUAAAUGUGUAUGUGGACUAAAGGCAUUCUUAGAGAAACCUGAAAAGUAACUUUGCUUGUUGAACUGCUAUCAAGUCAGGGGCUCGUCUUCAGAGGAACACUGUGACACAAAGUGAUCAGAAUGAGUGCGGAAGGAUAUCAGUACAGAGCGCUUUAUGAAUACAAGAAGGAAAGAGAGGAAGACAUUGAUCUCCAUGUGGGUGAUAUUUUAUUAGUGAGUAAAGGAGCUCUGGUGGCACUUGGGUACACUGAUGGGCUGGAGCAGAGGCCAGAGGAGAUUGGCUGGCUGCCUGGCUUCAAUGAAACCACUCAGGAAAAAGGGGACUUCCCUGGGACAUAUGUCGAGUACAUAGGAAAAAAAUGGAUCUCUCCCCCCACACCCAAGCCAAGACCCCUCAGACCCUUACCUGUAGCUCCAGGCUCCUUCAAGGCGGAGGCAGACUCGGACUCGGAUCAAGGCUUCUGUCUGCUGGACUUGACAGAGCAGUUUUCCCUUCCAGAGACGGCUCCACCUUUAAUGGCCAGACUGCUGGAAGCUAUCGAGAGGAAAGGUCUGGAUAACCCAACAUUAUAUCGAACAUUUACUGCUGGAGGUGGACUUGAAGUCAGGCAGUAUUAUGAUUGUGAUCCUCCCACAGCUGACCUGGAUCAGAUCGAACUUCCCAUCCUGUGUGAUGGUCUGCGGAGGUACUUGCAGGACCUUCCGCAGCCCAUAGUCCCCACUGCAAUAUAUACUCAAAUGGUCCACACUGCCAAAGAGGUGGUGAAUCCUGAGGAAUGUGGCCAGCUGCUACGUCGCCUAGCCAGCACCCAGAGCCUGCCUCCUCAGUAUUGGCUCACUCUCCAGUGUCUGCUAAGGCAUUUCGCUAGGGUGUGCCAAAACAGCUCCAAGAACCUUCUGAGCGCCAGAGCCCUGGGCGAGAUCUUCAGCCCUGUGUUUUUCAGACAACAGGCCACCAGCUGUGAACCAAGCCUGGAUGCUCAUGUCAAGAUCAUUGAGGUUCUUGUGACCAGUGAAUGGAGUGACAGCCAAGCAGCUCCAGCUCUACCUCCAAAGCCACCCAAGCCCACACCUGUGACUAACAACGGUAUGAACAAUAAUAUGGCUCUACAAGACGCUGAAUGGUACUGGGGAGACAUAUCAAGGGAGGAGGUCAAUGAGAAAUUGAGGGACACAGCAGAUGGUACGUUUUUGGUGCGAGACGCCUCCACAAAAAUGCACGGAGACUACACUCUGACUCUGAGGAAAGGAGGCAACAACAAGCUCAUUAAAAUAUUCCACCGUGAUGGGAAGUACGGCUUCUCAGAUCCACUGACCUUCAGCUCCGUUGUUGAACUGAUCAACCACUACCGCAAUGAGUCUCUGGCUCAGUACAACCCCAAACUAGACGUUAAGCUACUGUAUCCAGUGUCCAAACACCAGCAGGAUCAGGUGGUGAAAGAAGACAAUAUUGAGGCUGUGGGGAGGAAGCUGUGUGAGUACCACCAGCAGUACCAGGAGAAGAACAAGGAGUACGACAGGCUGUAUGAAGAAUACACCAGAACAUCACAAGAAAUCCAAAUGAAACGCACAGCGAUAGAAGCUUUUAACGAAACGAUAAAGAUCUUUGAAGAGCAAUGCCAAACACAAGAGCGGUACAGCAAAGAAUAUAUCGAGAAAUUCAGAAGAGAAGGAAACGAUAAGGAGAUCCAGAGAAUUAUGGGGAAUUACGAGAAGUUGAAGUCCCGGAUAAGUGAAAUUGUGGACAGCAAGCGGCGGCUGGAAGAGGAUCUGAAGAAGCAGGCGGCAGACUACAGAGAGAUUGACAAGAGGAUGAACAGCAUCAAGCCUGACCUCAUUCAGCUCCGUAAGACCAGAGACCAGUAUCUCAUGUGGUUGACCCAGAAGGGAGUCAGGCAGAAGAAACUUAAUGAGUGGCUUGGAAUCAAGAACGAGAACACAGAAGAUCAAUAUUCUAUGGUAGAUGAUGAUGAAGACCUUCCUCAUCAUGAUGAAAGGUCCUGGAAACUGGGCAACAUAAAUCGACUCCAGGCGGAGGCUCUCCUCCAGGGCAAGAGAGACGGAACAUUCCUGGUUCGAGACAGCAGUAAAGCAGGGUGCUACGCCUGCAGCGUUGUCGUGGACAGUGAGGUGAAGCACUGCGUCAUCAACAAAACCCCCUCAGGUUUUGGCUUCGCCGAGCCUUACAACCUUUACAGCUCAUUAAAAGAACUUGUACUUCACUACCAGCACACGUCUUUGGUCCAGCACAAUGACUCUCUGAAUGUGACGCUAGCAUACCCAGUCUAUGCCCAGCAGAGACGGUGAGGACCUGGGCGCACCCACAUGGACACAAGAAAAGGCUUCAUGGGAGUUGGAGAUGCACGUGUUUGGACUCCGUGAUUAAAACAAGGCUCUCUCGCCUCAGAAAGACUUGACAUCAGAGGAAAAGACGCAAUAAAGCCUGGAACAUUUCAGUGACUUUGCCUGACCACAAGCAGCGGCGAGUCUGAAUGUAGAUUUACUUCUCUUUUGCUUUUUUGUGGGAGCACAGAAACAAGCGGAAACUGCUGAACUCUCCCCCAGCAGAGGACAUUUGAGGCCUUUUCCUAAUGGUGCUUGUUCUUUUCAAAGCUUUACCAGCCGGAAUGUUGAAGCGCAGCAGAUGAACUCUUCAGAUGGAUCUGUACCCACCGGCCACAACUUUGUUGUUCUACUUUGUUUUUUUCCUUUCACGUCAUCUGUGUGUGUGUGUGUGUGUGUGUGUGUGUGUGUGUUUCUGCACAAGGGUUUCUGUGUAUGCGGCUGUGAGUGUGUGACUGUCCAUGUGACCAAAACUCAUAGAAUCAGGAAACUGUGUGACGUUGGGGGCUGUGUAACACAUUUGCUCGUGUUAACUGUUCAGUAGCAGACCAUGGAUGAGCUGAUAAAUGUAGCAAAAUGGCACUUUUAACAAAUGUAAUUUUUUUUUUUUCCUUUUUUUGUUUUUGAAAAGACUCCUAUGGACGUUUCUGAGAAGAGCAGAAUGGACAUGAGGUCCACUAACUGCCCUCUUCCUGUUGAGGAUUACAGUGCAGAAGUAAACUUGAUCUUUACUGUGGGCAGGUGAAACUAUGAAUGGACUUACUAUUUCAUGUACAUAUAUGAAAAUGUGCAAAGUCAUGAAUCAAAGUGCACCAUACCAAAAAAGAUCAGUUCCUUUUUAGUUAUACUCUGAUCUGCUAUGCAAUUCUUUCUCCAUUAUUUCUUCAGAAUUGUUUUAUUCUGUUGCAACCCACAAUAUAAGCUUGUUUUAUUGCUUGAAAAGUAUCUUUUCCUGUGUAAAUAUCCAAGAGGAUAUUUUGUGUCAAAAUGCCAAGAUACAGUAAAAAGAAACUGCUUAUGAUUUUUAAAGAUGAUAAUAGAAACAUACUCUUUAUUAUAAAUUACUUUAUGGACUGGUAUAAAGAUGGAAAGAUGAGUAUUUUAUUAGUCUUUUUUUUUUUUUUUGCUUCAAACUAAUGCUCUUCUCAGGCAGAGCCUUUUGAGUAUUCGAGCCGCUUCAGUCAGAUACACUCGUACAGAGCUAAGCCGACAUGCAGUUCUCUGUCAAAACGGACGAAGAGUGUUCGUGAACUCUGAGAACAGGAUGAUGGGAUUUGCAAUGUGAAGGAUGCGUAUUAACACACCUUUUCAGCCAUCACCGCGAAAACAACAGUGUAGAUUUAUUUUGUUAUAAAAUAUAUAUGUUCCCACUUAAAGAUCUAUGGAAGCAGGCUGGUGUUUUCAACUGCUGGAUGUUGGUAUUAAAGAUCAAUAUACAUCGUCCACUUGGUAUUUUUCUGUAUCAGAAAAUCACUGUGUUUACACGGAUGGAUCCGCUCAUUUCUGUAAUUUCAUGUUUCCAAAGGACAACACAUGCCAGUCAAACCCUCAAAGUUCCCAAAAUGUUUGCCACUGCUCAACUGCAUUUUCACGCCCUGUCCUUAUUUUAACUUUGACAAGUCCAGGAUUCAGGUGAUUGUUAAACUAACGGCAACUGGUGAUUCUUCAUUUAUUAGAUGACUGUUAGAUUUUCACAUCUUAUCACCAGAAUGACCAGUUUGUCGCCCUUGUUAGUCUCACUGAUGUGGAGAAAGAAAACAAACUAUAAAUUAGAUCACAAAAUGCCAUUAUGAAUAUCUAAAGACAUAUUUGCAAUCAUAGAUCUACCUGCCACCUAUUUAUUUAGAUGUAAUAUUUUCUCCCCCUAAAUGUACUCUGGUCAGCCCAGCUGUUUCAUUUAUCUUUGUGACAAAUUAGUUGUAAAACCUUAAGCUGAUAUCAUUUUGUUUAUUGCUUCCAUUUUCACUGACAUGUCAAUUUUUUACUUUGUCACUCGUUGUGGCACAAAUUCUGUUUGUGGAAAAUGGUCAGCGUGUGUAUCCAGACUUUUAAAAGACGAGCCUCCCUCUGCUUGUAUCACAUUCAGUUAAAAAAAUGUGGACAAUAACUUUAAAACACGUUGGAUACAAGGACCUUCUAUUGAAAGAAGCGAAGUGUGUGUUUUGGGGGAAAAACUAGUGGAAGACACAUCACAGCCUGGAAUCAACUGAAGAGUUUUUUUGGCCAUGACAUAAUUGACUACGAAGUGUAAAAAAAAAAAAGUGUUGUAGAAGUAUUUGUCCAAAGUAUUUCCUCCAGAAGUAACACAUUGAUAUGAAGUGUGUGAUUGGUUCUUCUAAAACAGGUCACAGAUACCACAUCUGUCACGUGACAUUUAUAGAUGAUCUUAUUUACCUCCCAACAGAUGCUGCAAUGAACAUUUUUGUUUGUUAAUGUCUAAAAUGUUGUGCAGUUCUUGGACAACAUGCACCAUUCUUUUCUUUGCCCCCCUCUGGGUUGUAUGAUUUUAGUUUUUUUUUUUUUUUUUUUUUAAAGCUCAUCUUUUUUGUGGGUGUCCCAGACACAAUGAUUGGAUUGAGAUUUACCAGUGUUCCCCUUUUUUGCUUCAAAUCUGUAUUGGGCUUUGUUAAAAGGAAAUAAAACACUUCUUUUUAAGAAA